ACGAACAAUAAAUAAUUAAAUUAAAGAUAACAAAUAUUCUUGAAUUUUAAAUGUGUAAGUAUUCCAUAUCUUUGGGAUGGUGUCAAAUGGGGUGUAACAAAGUAUGUUAUAAUGUGCUACCCGUGCUACCUAUACUUACAUGUACAGACAACAUUGCGAAUAGAAUGUUGCAUCAUUUUAUGUAGUAGUUGCUGGUGUAGUGAUAUAAAAGCCUUAAACGUAUAAAUAAGUAAAUGAACAAUUUUCGAAUCUCUAGAAACGUGUAAAUUCGAUAAAUAUCAUUCAUACAGACAAUAUCAAAAGUAUCUGCAGGGUACAUAGUUAAAAACAACGUUACAACUUGAGUAGUGGUAGCGGUUAGGUUGUAACAUGCCCUGUUCAGGAAAUUGUGAGGAUUUUAUGUAAAAAGUGUUUUUAUAAAAACGAACAUGUUUCGACCGGCAAGAAGCUUUUUGUCUACAUUGAAUCGCGUCAAGGAAUGUCGUGUAGUGCACACCGGUAGUCAGAAUUUAUCCGAAAUCACAGAAUAUGAAUCUGUCAUCUCGGAUGAAUAUAAAAAAGGUCCUGUAGAAGGCAGAGCUAUUUAUUUGGAUGCCCAAUCAACUACUCCAAUGGAUCCACGAGUGCUAGAUAAAAUGAUGCCCUACCUAACAACUUAUUAUGGAAAUCCACAUUCCAGAACUCAUAUGUAUGGAUGGGAAACAGAAGCAGCUGUUGAAGAUGCUCGUAAACAAGUAGCAAAUUUGAUAGGUGCAGAUAAGAAGGAAAUCAUAUUUACAUCUGGUGCGACAGAAUGUAAUAACAUAGCUGUGAAAGGUGUUGCAAGGUUCUACAAGGGGAAAAAGAAUCAUAUUGUGACAACUCAGAUAGAGCAUAAAUGUGUAUUAGAUUCCUGUAGAGCCUUACAGUCAGAAGGGUUUGAAGUAACAUAUAUUCCAGUAAAUCCAAAUGGCCUUAUCGAUCUUAAUCAAUUAGAGGAUGCAAUUAAACCAACUACUUCUUUAGUUUCUAUCAUGAUGGUAAAUAAUGAGAUUGGUGUCAAGCAACCAAUUGCUGAAAUUGGUGCCAUUUGUAGGAAGAAGAAAGUAUUUUUCCACACAGAUGCAGCUCAAGCAAUUGGCAAAAUUCCAAUAGAUGUCAACGCUAUGAAUAUUGAUCUGAUGUCUAUUAGUGGUCACAAAAUAUAUGGUCCUAAAGGAAUCGGAGCAUUAUACGUAAGGAGAAGACCAAGAGUACGUUUAGAAGCGAUCCAAAGCGGUGGUGGUCAAGAAAGAGGUAUGAGGAGCGGUACUGUGCCGGCACCUUUAGCAGUUGGCUUAGGAGCAGCUUGUGAUUUAGCACAAGUAGAAAUGGAGUACGAUCAUAGGUAUAUCACAAUGCUGUCGAAUCGUUUGAUCGAAAAAAUAAUGACAGAUCUGCCGCAUGUUAUACGAAAUGGAGAUGAAGUAGCUUGGUAUCCUGGAUGUGUGAAUUUGUCCUUUGCGUAUGUAGAAGGGGAAUCUUUAUUAAUGGCUUUAAAGAAUAUUGCUUUGAGCAGCGGCUCCGCGUGUACUAGUGCAAGUUUGGAACCCAGUUAUGUUUUACGAGCUAUUGGAGCAUCAGAGGAUCUAGCACAUUCCAGUAUUAGGUUCGGGAUUGGUCGUUUUACAACGCUCAAGGAAAUUGAUUUUACCGCCGAAAAUACGAUACGACAUGUUAAAAGACUUCGAGAAAUGAGUCCACUGUGGGAAAUGGUUGAAGAGGGCAUUGACCUGAAAACCAUCAAAUGGACUCAGCACUAAUGACUAUGGUACAACACCCUUAACGAUCUAAUUAUAUAGAGUCUGGACAAAAGUGAAUUGUACAAUAAGGAUGACUGUAAGUCACAUGAAGAGCGUCUCGUUAAGCAAAAUACUUUUCAGCGUGUAAUAAAUGUUUAUUUAAAAUCG